AUGGAAGCGCCGACAGGACCCAACGCAUGCUAUCUAUGGAAGAGCAUUAGAGAAAGUCGAGUUGUCUUGGAAAAAGGUUUGAUAUGGAGAGUUGGCAACGGUAAAGAUAUAAGGGCUUUGGAGGACUUGCGGGUACCAACUGAUACUCCAAGGUCUGCAAUGGCUUACGAGGGAAAUGUUAAUGCUUCAACGAUGGUGUCACAAUUUAUAGAUGAGGAGAGGGCAAUGUGGGAUGUCGAGAAAGAGACAAGAUCCAACCUAGAUGUUAAGAAUGAUGUUGGACACGGUUCAACUUCAGUUUCUGCCUCUACUUCACAGGAGACAAGAUGCAACCUAGAUGUUAAGAAUGACGUUGCACAAGGUUCAACUUCUGUUUCUGCCUCUACUUCUCAGGAGACAAAUCAAUUGCUGCAAGGUUCUUCAGAGAUUGAAAUUGACAAUGGCACUGCUUCUACUUCUGCCAGUGCCUCUGGUUCUCCAGAGACAAAAUCCAACCAAGAUGUUAAGGAUGUUGGGCAGGGUUCUACUUCAGUUUCUGCUACUCAUCCUCAGGAGACAAACUGGUUGCUCCUAGGGACAUCAGAGAUUGAAAUUGACAAUAGCACUGGUUCUCCGGAGACAAAUUCGUCCUUGGCACAUCACUCACUAAUUGAUGUUUUGGAGGGCCCUGCAACCACUGGUGAUUUUGGUUCUCGGGUGACUGGAGCUAUUGUUAUCUGUUGGGCAGUUGUGAUUUUGAGUGGAUUCAUCCUUGGUUAUGACAUUGGAGUUUUAGGUUUGAUAACAAUAGAUAAGAGCUUUUUAUGGAAUAAUAUACAUGCCCUUUCAUUUGAGAAGCUCCAUUUUGAAGAAAACAAUUUCUGCAAGUAUAAUGAUCAAAGAGUUCGGCUUCUAAUAUCGUCAUCAUACCUCAUCGCAUUGAUAUGUGGGCUGAUCUCUAUGGCAUUGAACUCCAAAUGGGGAAGGAGGUCUCUCUUGCAAAUAGGAUCAUUCUCCUUACUUGCUGGAGUCGUACUUAAUGCUGCAUCAAAUAAUAUUUUCAUGCUAAUUGGAGGAAGAGUUGUACUUGGCCUUGGCUUUGGCUUCUGUAGUCAAGUCAUUCCUUUAUACAUACUAGAGUUUCCUGACUCAGUAAGUCAAGAUAGUAUGUUUAUUUUUCAUUCCUUCGCUAAUUUUUUAGGAACAUUAGUAGUCAAUAUCUUAGGACUACUAUUAAAGAGCCAUCUUGGGUGGGCUGUUUUGAUGGGAGGGUUGAGUGUUCCAGCUUUAGUUUUAUUCAUCUUCUCAUUUUGCAUCGAUGAGACCCCUGUUAGUUUAAUUUUACAUGGAAAUUUGAAAAAAGGAAAAGAAGUACUUAGGAAAAUUAGGGGUAUAGGAAAUGUUGAUAGUGAAUUUAAUAAAAUCUUGGUAGAUUUUGGUCCAGCAAAGAGUCUAAAGAGUCAGUACAAAUACAUGGUAAAACGGUCCUCUCGUCCACCUUUGACAAUUGCACUGUUACAUCUAGUAUUCCAACAAUUAGGGGGGCCGACAGUGAUUCUAUUUUUUGGACCAGUUUUUUUUGCAUCUGUUGGCUUUAAUGGCGUGUUGUCUAAGAUUUCUGCUCAAAUUGUAUUGGUGUCAAGUGCUGUUGGCACCUUACUUUCUCCCUAUCUGAUUUCAAGAUUUGGAAGGAGAAAUAUGCUUCUUGGAGGUUGCACUCUCAUGUUCAUCACUGAGCUAUUGAUUGGAGUUAUGUUGCACUCCUCGGAGCCUUCUGGUUUUCUCAAAAAGAAGGCAGCAGUAGGACUUAUUGUCUUGGCAAUCAUUUAUAGUAUAAAUUUUGCUUUGACAUCAGGUCCAUUGGAUUGGUCAAGUACUACUUUUUCUCCCGAAUCUCAAGUUAUGGGUAGCUUCUUAUCUACAGGAUUUAGUAUGAUGUUAAGUUUUGUAAUCUCGCAAGGAUAUUUAUUUGCGAUAUGUUGGUCCCAUUUUUGGAUUUUUAUAGUCAUUGCCAUUUUUAUUUCACUGUUCUGGAUAGUAAUAUACUCUUUAAUUCCAGAAACGGCUAACAUUCCACCUGAUGAGUUAGUGCAUAAGGUGUGGAAUAAGCAUUGGUUUUGGAAGAGGUUUAUGGUUGAACAUGUUAUGGAAUAG